CUUAAGAACCAUUUCUCCGCAUUUCUGGCAGCCAACCAAUUUGUUUCCUACCGAUCACUCUCUACUCCAAUACUUCAGAGCUCAUAGCAUUUUGCCAUUUUUGUUAAAUUUGUGAAAAACCUUUAUCGAAUUUAAGAAACCUAUUCUUGCUGGAGUUUGUUAUCCCUGGAGUUGUGUAAUUCCAAGAAAUGAUGGCCGUGCAUGUUAGUAGUGCGUGCUUUUCUGUGUCCAUUCACAGGAGAGUUCACCGGAUAAGAGCUGUUGCUUCUGAGGAAUUCGCUGCUUUGAAAUCAGCCGAAGAGAAGGUGAGUUUAGGCGCCUCUGAAUUGAAGGUCACAAAGCUUGGGAUUGGAGCUUGGUCUUGGGGUGACACAAGCUAUUGGAAUAACUCUGAAUGGGACGAUAGAAAACUGAAGGCUGCUAAGGCUGCCUUUGAUGUCAGUAUUGACCGCGGUAUAACUUUCUUUGACACUGCUGAAGUUUAUGGCUCUCGGCUAUCAUUUGGUGCCAUAAAUUCAGAAACUCUACUUGGAAGAUUUAUCAAGGAAAGAAAAGAAAAGGAUCCAAACGUGCAUGUUGCUGUUGCAACCAAGUUUGCAGCUUUGCCAUGGAGACUGGGCCGUCAGAGUGUCCUCAAUGCCCUUAAAGAUUCCCUCUGUCGCCUUGGACUAUCUUCAGUAGAUCUAUAUCAACUCCAUUGGCCUGGAGUAUGGGGAAAUGAAGGAUAUAUCAAUGGUCUUGGAGAUGCUGUUGAGCAGGGCCUUGUCAAGGCUGUAGGUGUUUCAAACUACAGUGAAAGGCGACUUCGCGAUGCAUAUGAGAAGCUCAAGACGAGAGGUAUUCCACUGGCUUCAAACCAAGUCAAUUACAGCCUCAUAUAUCGGGCACCUGAGGAUAAUGGUGUAAAGGCAACCUGUGAUGAACUCGGGAUCUCUUUGAUUGCAUAUUCACCUAUAGCCCAAGGUGUUCUUACGGGGAAGUAUACACCAGAAAAUCCACCAGCUGGUCCUCGCAGGCAGAUUUACACCCCUGAAUUUCUAACAAAGCUCCAACCUUUGCUUAACAGGCUUGUGGAAAUAGGAGAGGGCUACAGUAAAACUCCCACGCAGGUGGCUCUCAACUGGCUAAUAGCCCAGGAGAAUGUUGUGCCAAUACCAGGAGCAAAAACUGCAGAGCAAGCGGAGGAAUUUGCAGGUGCACUUGGCUGGAGACUUACUGUUGAUGAGAUAAAUGAGCUGCGUUAUUUGGCCUCACAGAUUAGACCUGUAGUUGGUUUCCCAGUUGAGAAGUUGUAAAUUUCAUUAUUAGCGUACGAAAGUAUAUUCCCUUAUCGCCUAAGCUGUAAAAUUACUCUCUAUACGAUUACAAAAGCUUCUGUAUUGACUCAUUCUGUUAUAGUCUAUCUUUCUUAGGAAAAUUUACGAAGCCUUUUUCUCCUUU